UUGUACUGGCGGCGGCGGCUGGAAGUCUGGGACUCCGUAGUGAUAAGGAAACUGAGGCACAGACAGGUAAGUGACUUGCCCAAGGUCACACAGCUUUUAUUUUAUAAGGCUGAGAAAAUCACAAAGGACAUGUCAGUGAGUCACCGAGAUCUAGAUCCAGAUAGAACUACAGAUGUAGAAGAUGUUACAAAUGCUAAAGAAGAGCUUAUUAAACAUUGUGAAGAAAUGUGGAAAGAUAUGGAAGAAUGUCAGAAUAAAUUAUCGCUUGUUGGAACCGAGACACUCACUGAGUCAAAUGCUCGGCUGUCAUUAUUAGUUAUGCAAAUGAAAUGUUUAACUGCUGAACUCAGCCAAUGGCAGAAAGAAACUCCUGAAGUACUUCCACUGAAUGAAGAAUUUCUGUUAUCAUUAGGAAAAAAAGAGUUUCAAAAAUUGAGACAUGAUCUUGAAUUGGUACUAUCUACUAUUCAGUCAAAGAAUGAAAAGCUAAAGGAAGACUUGGAAAGGGAGCAGCUGUGGCUGGAUGAACAGCAACAGGUACUGGAAUCUCUGACGGCACUGCAGAAUGAAUCGGAAGGUCGGAGUGUGACCGUUUCUGAAUCGAGAGUCUUUAAUGAGCUGAAAACUAAACUACGUGAUGUAAAAGAAUAUAAAGAGAAACUGUUGCUUACCUUGAGUGAGUUUCUGGAAGACCACUUUCCUCUGCCUGAUAGAAAUGUUAAAAAGAAAAAGAAAAAUAUUCCAGAAUCAACUAUACACCUGAUAACACUGCAUGAAAUAUUAGAGAUUCUUUUAAACAGAUUGUUUGAUGUUCCACAUGAUCCAUACGUCAAAAUUAGUGACUCUUUUUGGCCGCCCUAUAUUGAGCUGCUGCUUCGAAAUGGGAUUGCCUUGAGACAUCCAGAAGAUCCAACAAGAAUAAGAUUAGAAGCUUUCCAUCAGUAAAAGGGUAGUCUCUUUUUCACACAGUACUUAAAGAAUCUUGUCUUCAAAGAUGAUGGGAACACUGAGUAUUACUUGGGUAAAGAACAUUAUUUGCAAAUCAAAGCACAUUAUCCAUAUUCCUUUUCUCCUUAAAAUGACACAAGCUGCCAUCUCCUAUUCACUUCAGAAGGGGUCCUUUUCCACUGGGGUCAGUUCUUUGGUGUAUUAAACUGGAUGGACAAGGAUGCAAGUAAAAAUAUUCUCGACUUAAUCAUUAUAAAAUAUUUAAUAUACCUAGCUUUGGCAUUAAUCUUGGACAUUUCUUUGUUGAAUUAUGAUAUUGCUAAUGUCAUAAAUUUUUCAAAAAUGUAUGAGUUUCUUUUGUGUAUUUUGAGUUCUAGUUGCUGCUUACCUCCUUUAGAUCUAGGCAUUAUAACUGAAAGGCCACUUAAUAUGGAGAUGGUUUUAAAAUUGACUUAAUAUCUGAUGUAGAAUGAGUCAUAAUUCAAAAGCAUUUAGUAAAUCUAUUCUGUGUAUACUGCCUUAUUUCUAGAUUUGUUAAAAACUGAAAAUAUUAAAAAUGGUUAAAGGUAGUAGAUAGAAAACUCAUUUAAUGUGUAUCAUAUCAAGUGAU